AUGAGGGCGGCGGGCCGUGAACAGGAGGGGGACCGGGCGCGCUUCGUCUACGUGACUCGCUUCGGCUCGCACCAGUGCGGCGCCGUCCUUCAGCUGGGCGGCCGCCGGGCUCAGGGUCUGUGUAGGCCCGGGCUUGGGGCCGGCCGCAGCCGGGAGGAGCCGCAGGCGGCUGUGCCGGGGGCCGCGGGCGGCGGGGAGCUGUGCCCCGGCUCCCCGCCCAGGGCCCCCGCGGCCUCCUCUCCGGCGCGGGCGUCGAGCUCGCGGAGCCGGCCUCGGCAGGAGGCACAUGCAGGUGGCGCGAAGGGCCGGGCGGGCGGGGACUCGGGAGGGGGCCCCCGGCCUGUGGAGGGUGCCGGCUUGUCAGCCCGCCUUUCCGUCCUCCUCGGCAGCCGUCCUGCCUGGGGUCCGAGUCUCAGGGCGGUCGGCUUCUCAGCUCGCGGCCUCCCUGCUCGCGGCCUCCCUGUCAGCUUCCGGUCAGUCUCCCUCCCGGUGGGCCGCUCCGGGCUCGUAGUGUCGCUCAGAGGCCGCCGCGCCCAGCCCCCGCCUGGCCGCGGGCAGUGGGCGGCCCUCCUGUCAGUCCGGGGGCUGAGAGACAAUCCCGACCUGCGCUUCGGUUUAACCCAGAAGAAUUUAGCUAAAAAGUUUGACUUCCCCAUACCUCUGAAUGAAGCUUCCAAAAUAAUGAAGAAAAAGAAAAAGGUUUCAGUAUGGAAUGGAGUGUACAAAGUCAUUUCUAAAAUGCUUGAAGAAAAUGAAAAAUACAGACUUAGGCUGAAAUUAUGUAGUGAAACAAUAGACCUUCUAUUAAAUAUCAAGUGA